AUGGCCAAGUCGACUCGCUCUAAAGUCAAGCGCCAUUUCCGCGCAAAGAAGCGUGAGCAGGGCGUGUACGCCGCGACGGAGGCCGCACGCCUCCACCGCCUUAACAUGAAGCUCAAGGUCCUCAUCACGACGGAGAAGGAUGAGGAGACACCAGAGGGCGAUGCAGGCGCCGAGGGCGAGAGCGGAGAGUGGGUCGACGACGGUGCAGCAGACGCAAUGGACCUCGACCCCGCCCCAGGCCCCUCCACCGAAAAGAAGAUCUCGACGCACGGCCCGCGCAACUCCCGCCGCGAGCAGUGGCGCGCGUCGAAAGGCUUGCCCGCACGGCCCAAGUCCAAGGGCACGAACCGCCAAGGCGGGAUCGCCGCAAGACGGAAAGCUGGGCGGCCGAGUCGGAGGCGGUGA